UAGGUCUCUUCCGGUCGUAUAGCACACCGAGCAAGAUGGGUAAACCUCGUGGUCUUCGUACAGCACGUAAACACGUGAAUCACAGGCGUGACCAACGCUGGAACGACAAAGACUACAAAAAGGCUCACCUGGGAACAAGAUGGAAGGCUAAUCCUUUUGGUGGUGCAUCCCAUGCCAAAGGCAUUGUUUUAGAAAAAGUAGGUGUAGAAGCUAAACAGCCAAAUUCUGCUAUUCGUAAAUGUGUCAGGGUACAGCUUAUCAAAAAUGGCAAAAAGAUCACAGCUUUCGUACCUAGGGAUGGUUGUUUGAAUAACAUCGAGGAAAACGACGAAGUUUUGGUGGCAGGAUUCGGUCGUAAAGGUCAUGCUGUUGGUGACAUUCCAGGAGUCCGAUUUAAAGUUGUAAAAGUUGCUAAUGUGUCUUUACUUGCACUUUACAAGGAAAAGAAAGAACGACCCAGGUCGUAAACCCAUUGUCAUGUAUUUCUAAUUACAUCUAUAAACACUUUUUAAAAACUA